ACAACCAGCAGAAUAAUUCUUCAUUGAACGUCUGAAACCUGGGCUGGUCUGAGAUUUUGCUGCAGCGAGCGUGCGAGCCAUGCUCUUCACGUGCAAGCCCACCCCCGCGCACGCCGGCCCCGAAACCUGCCUGCAGAUCUUCUCCAUCGAGGUCACGGAGCUCAGCGGGGGCCUCCAGUGGCCGCUCGAGGUCUAUGGCCUGGUCGCCACCCGAGACUCGGUGGAUCAUAAUCGCAACGUCAUAUUCAGGCGCAGGAGGGACGCCUCUCUAAUCCUCACUCAACAGGAUCCGUUCUUGAAGCUCACAGGCCCGUCCCGCGCCGUCGUGUUCGCCGGCCCCGUCGACAUCGAGGUCCAGCUCAAACUCAAGGGCAGAACCACAGAGCGCGAAGACGACCACCUGAUCUCCAAAGUUUUGACAUAUGGACGUGAUUUCAGCAGUGACAAUUCCACCGAGGCAGGCAACCGCCACCUCGCACGCACCACCUGUUCCGGCAGGCUCUGCUCGCUGGAGGUCACCGCCGCCCCGCUCGCCAGGGCGAUCGAGGCCACCGUCAUCUCCGCUGAGGUCACCCAGGGCCGGUGGCCCAAAACCUUAGGAAUCCGCGUCGUCGUCUCCGGCACGGCCGGUGCAGACGAGGACUUCGUACUGCUUGAUGCUCGAGACGGCGCAUUUCGCGUGGACCUCACCGACGGCAUCAUCGCCCUUACCAGGCAUGUCGUGGUCGUGGAGGAACGCGGGAGGCUGAAACUCUGCAUAGAGGCCUACAGCAAGAGGACCGGAUGCAUGUACGAAAAAUCUGGGGUCACGGAGCUGAUGCCCAAGAGGUCCUCCGCUACCACUGCCGUAUGCAAGCUUGCCUUCUGCACGGUUGAGUUCGUCGUUGGUUGGUCCUGCCUGGUGCCCAAAGUGGGUGAGCUCACGAGGUAUGGUAUCUGAUGCAACAAACCAUUUAGUUGUCGAGUGUCACAAAUGUGGAACGAAUGUGGUAAAUGUGGUCACAAGCCAUUGGUUUUUU